AUGGCGCCCACGACGGGGAGAUCACAGCCCCUCCUGGGCGCCGGAGCAGGGGCGCCCACGGCCGGCUUCGUGACAAACUCCGGCCUCGUGCUGCAGUUCGAUGCGUAUUUCAAGGAGGCGGUAGACGAGUCGCCGCUGGAGAACCACCGUGUUCGAAAAUGCAAGAUCUUGGUCUACCUGGAGGACUCGUCGGUGCAGAUCGACGAGUACCGGCAGGAAAACAGCGGGAUGCCCCAAGGGACGUUGGUCAAGCGACAUCAAAUACCCUACCCUGAGGGAAGACCUGGGACUUACACCGUAGACGACAUCGCCGUAGGAGGCACGAUCGAGGUCUACGGCCGGCGGUUUCACGUGGUGGACGCCAACGGCACCACUCGCCGGCUCCUCCAGGAGCGUCUGGGCCGGUUCGAGGCGCCGGCGAUACCGUUCCCGGUCGACCGCUACUCAGUCGAGCGCAAGGAGUUCAUGUCGCGACAGACGGGAUGUGAUCCCACGGUCCAGCACAAGAUUAUCAAGAACGACAUGAAAGUCUUCGCGGAGGCAACUCUGGGGAACACGGUAGACAACAGCAAGAGGGCCGGCUUCAUCAAGUACGACCGCAACGUGCUUCGGUUCCAGGCCGUGUGGGACGACCGCGAGAGUCUGUACGGAGACAUACAGCGGUUUGAGAUGCACUAUUUCCUGGCGGACGACACAAUCGAGAUCCGAGCCGUGCACGGCCCCAACUCUGGGAGGGACCCCGUCCCGGUGAUGGUGAAGAGGGGAAGGAUCCCAAAGUCGAUCGCCGGAGGCGCUAAGAGCGAGGCGUACCACUGGAGCGACUUCGACAUCGGGGUGGAGGCCACCAAGAGGAGUAGCCUCCGAUCUCGUCUUGUGCACCAUGUCCGUCCAAUUCCCACGGCUGCCGCCGACACGCCUCCACACAACCCUAACUGCCGGCGCAACCAAAAAACACAGCUGAACGUGUACGAGCGGCCGCUGGUUCUGGUGGAUGCCGACGGCCACACCAGAGAGUUCUACAACACCAAGGGCGUUCACCUGGGCGACCCGAUCCCCCCGUCGCCGGUGUCCGUUCCCGUCAUCGAGCCCCCCCUGCUCCCUCCGUCUGUGGAAUGCUUCACCGGAGGCGACGACGACGACGAGCUGGCGUCGCGGUCGACCUCGCUCAUCCCGAGUCCGCCGCGAAAAAUUAGGGGCGAGGACGUCAUGUUCCGGUACACGGCCGAGCUUAAGACGGGCGUUCCGGAAGACGAGGGGAGGCGUUUCAUCAUCACGUACUUCAAGGCGGAUCGUACGGUGGUUGUGAGGGAGCCCCCCAAGAGAAACAGCGGCAUCAUAGGCGGCAACUUCCUCAGCCGCAUGAAGGUGCGGGACGCGUCGGGCAACGUGAUCACCGAGUGCUCCUUCUACGUCGGCGCGGAGGUGACCUUCCACGGCCAUUGCUUCCGAGUCACGGCCGCGGACGACAAAACCCUGCGAAACAUGGAGGAGAGGGCCAAUGCCCCCGGUGGUUUCAUCCACUCAGACCCCGUCAAGGCUGCGGAGAACCUCGCCAGCUGGGUCGACGGGCGGGCCGACCAAGUCAGAGCGUUCCUCCGCGAGCGUGAUCUCAAGGUGGGCUGA